AUGGUCAACAAGAUGAAUACCCUUCUCCUUCCUUUGGCCGCAUGUGCUGUUGUUCAGAGUGUUCCUACUACAACUUCAAUAAAAGAAGUUACCCCUAUUCCUAGUGGUGUCACUUGGUCCCUUAUGGCGUGGGGUGGCGAAGAUGACGAGAAAGGUUAUGUCAUCGAUGUAGAUGUGUUUGAAACUAGUGAAGAGAGGAUAGCGCAGCUUAAGGAUGAUAGUCAUUAUGGACUAUGUUACAUAGAUGUUGGUACCGCUGAAAAGUGGAGGCCCGAUUACGAACAGCUCAAGCCCUACACGGUGGGCAAGCCACAAUACGAGGAGGAAGACUGGAUGGAUAUUGAAAUAUUAGCGAAAGAUAAAGGAUGUGAUGGUGUAGAAAUUGACAACUCGGAUGCAUACGCAGCGCCGCUCGCCAUGAAAGACCGGUUUAAAAAGGAUUUAAUCUCCCGCGAGAUUGUAUACAUGCAAUGGCUUUCCAAUGCGGCUCAUGGACUAGGCAUGUCAAUUGGCCUCAAGAAUUCAAUGGAGAUCUCGAAAAACGUUCACCAAAUGUUUGAGUUUGCCAUCAAUAAAAGUUGCAACCAAUUUGAUGAAUGUAAGUAUUAUGCACCUUUCCAAGACGCAGGAAAAGCCAUAUUCAAUGUUGAGUAUAAAGGUGAACAAUGUAAAUCGGCCGCCAAGUGGGGUAUGACUAAAAAAUACGUCGAGCAAGGACAUCUGAUUAAUUGCUAA